AUGGAUUACCAUUUACUGACUAUUCCCUUUACUACAGAGUCCGAGGGAGAGUCACACUCAAGUGCAGAUAUAGGUUCGCCAUCACAAAACCGUGUAACAGAAGACCCUUGCGGGGCCCCAGAUGGUUCUGGUCCAAGUCGAAUGUCACCCUGUGCCACCACUCUGUCCCAAGUUGAGUCAAGCACUGCUUUCCCUCCUGACGAUAUUGGAGCACUGUUGAAAGCAAACCAGAAGUUAAAUGACUUGGAUCCGACACGUAAAUACCAAUUGCUUACAUCUGAGCCAAAUCUUGAUUCUUCCUAUUACCCAAAGACUCGUGCAGAGGAUGGGGCAUUCUGCCGAGCCUUUGCAAUUUUUGCUCCUGAGUUACCUGGUGGACAUUCUACAGGUCAGUUCGUGACUGCACCUUUUAGAACAUGGCGAAAACUAUAUGACAGGACGCUAGCUCAUGGCAAGCUUGAUUACCAUCUUGCUUCUCUGGCAAAGAUGAGUGCAUUCUUGGAUUGUUAUAGUAACCCAUCACAAGCUAUUGACACAGUGCUUGUAUCCGAGGCUCGGAAGCGGAUGGAGGCUAACAAGAAAGUGAUUUCGUCUACGUUAAAAAUAGUUUUGCUGUGUGGAAAACAAGGCAUAGCGUUUUGUGGUUAUCGUGAUGAUUGUUUCAACUGGGAGGAUACUGAGUAUGAACACUCAAACCCAGGGAAUUUCAUUGAGCUUGUAUGCUUUAGGGCUGAAACUGACAAUAUUCUCUCUGAACAUCUCAAGAACUCUCUAAGAAAUGCUAGAUACACACCCAAAACAAUUCAAAACGAAUUGAUUGAAGUGGUUGGCAAGUACAUCUGCAACGAAAUUAUAGCAGAGGUAAAGAAGAGCAAAUGCUACACUGUCGUUGUUGAUGAAGUCACUGAUAUUUCAAACAAAGAGCAGCUCUCAAUUUCCCUUCGCUACGUUUAUUAUGGUACUGUGAAGGAAGUAUUCAUUGCCUUUGUCUCAGUAGAAAGGAUCACAGGAAAGAAUAUUGCUGCAGCAAUUUUAAACUGGAUACAGACAGUUGGAUUGUCAACAAGUGAUAUGCGAGGGCAGUGCUACGAUGGAGCCAGUAACAUGUCUAGAGCAAGAUCAGAGUGUAGUGCUGUUAUUCAACAGCAAGCUCCAAAGGCUGCCUAUUUCCACUGUGCUGCUCAUCGAUUGAAUCUUGCUGUAGUGUCUGCAUGUAAGAUCCAAGCAUUCAUGAAUGUUGAGGCAUACAUCGGAGAAAUUGCAAGGUUCUUCGCAUUCUCUCCCAAAAGGCAACGACUGUUUUAUAAGACAAUGGAUAAAUUCCUUCUAGAAGCCAAGGCCCAAAAGCUCAAAGACGCCUGUAGAACAAGGUGGGUUCAAUGUAUUGAUUCGUACACAGUCAUUCUUGAGUUGUUACCGGCAUUUCACACAUCUCUGCAAGCUAUGGUUUCUCCAGGACAACACAAAGACUUUGGUACUGAUUGGGGCUGGAAUGGCAAUACAAUCACAAAGGCGAAUGGCUAUCUGUAUCAGCUUCAGCCGGCUUCUUUCUUAGUUUGCUUCAAGAUUCUCCUUGAAAUCUUGCAAUGUCUCAAAGGCCUCACAGUCAAGCUUCAAAUGCAAGCGUCAGUACGUUUAAUCCUACAGAAAAUGAGAAAGGACUGUGUCCAAGAAUUCAAUAAAAUCUUUGCCGAAAGUGUUAAGUUAGGACAAGAUCUCCAUGGUGAAGAUUUUGAGUUGACCAAACCACGCAUUUCAAGGCGACAGUCUCAUCGAAGCAACAUUGAAGCAUGCAGUGCAGAGCAGUAUUAUUGUGUAACCAUGUACAAUGAGUUCCUAUCUCAUGUCAUAAGGGAGCUUGACAACAGAUUUUCUGGAAACCAGUACUUGGUUCACGGCUUGCUUCAUUUGGUUCCAAGUAAGGUUGCUUCUGAAUCUCAUGAUGACUUUCCAGAAACACUCAGUCAAUCUUCUGAUUAUUUCAAAGACGACUUGCCUCAUCACGACAUGCUUUCCAUUGAGUAUCGAAUGUGGGUCCGGAAAUGGAAGUGUUCAGAUGAAGUUCCAACAAAGCUUGUUGAUGCACUCAAAUCAUGUGAUGAGAUCCAGUUUCCUAACAUAUUUGUUUUGUUGAAGUUGACUUUAACGCUUCCAGUCACCACUUGCGAGUGUGAGAGAAGCUUUAGUCAACUCAAACUGAUUAAAACCUGCAGAAGAUCUACAAUGACAGAUGAUCGAUUAAAUGGAUUGGCAAUCAUGAAACUAAACAGUGAUAGAUGUGAAAGAAUUCGGAAAUCUCCAGAAGCACUAAAUCUACUUCUGAACUCAUUUGCAUCAUUACAUCCUAAGGGAAUGAAGAUUGCUUUUGUUCUAGCUGAUCAAUAA